AUGACUGCAAUCGCAAAUAUGCCAUUGUCUUGCUUACCCCUGCGCUACCAGAUUCGAAUGCGUCGAUGCUUCGCAGGGCGAGCCACCUCUCUUCAACAACCGCUUUCAUCCGCUUUCUACUGUGGCUCUCGCGCUUUCUCGUUGCCCCAGAAUAGCGUUUCUACCUCGCAGAAUCACCCAAGUUCGAGCUCGGUCCACUAUUACAGACCACCAGAAAAGGGAUUCAUAGCCUCUCUUCCACGGUCAUGGAUUCCAUACGCGGAGUUGUUGCGCCUUGAUAAACCUACAGGCACAUACUAUCUUUUCUUCCCUUGUCUAUAUUCCACCCUUCUUGCUGCAUCCAUGACGACUUCCAGCGGCCCAUUCGAAGUUGCCGGAACCGCCGGUCUGUUUCUCGCUGGUGCCUUGAUCAUGCGAGGUGCUGGGUGUGCGAUCAACGAUCUAUGGGACCGGAAUCUGGACCCGUAUGUUGCAAGAACCAAGUUUCGUCCUAUCGCGAGAGGGGCAAUCUCCCCUAGCAAAGCAGUCGCUUUUACUGGCGUCCAAUUACUGGCAGGGCUGGGCGUCUUGCUUCAGUUCCCAACCCAAUGCCUUUGGUAUGGUAUACCUAGCCUGCUUUUGGUGGCCACCUAUCCCCUCGCUAAGCGUGUCACAUACUACCCGCAAGCUGUGCUUGGCCUUACAUUCUCGUGGGGUGCGAUUAUGGGUUUCCCAGCACUGGGUAUUGACCUGCUUCACAAUACUCCUGCCCUGGAAGCGGCUGCUGCUCUUUAUUCUAGUUGUGUCGCCUGGACAAUUCUAUACGAUAUGAUAUAUGCACACAUGGACAUAAAAGAUGAUGUAGCGGCCGGCAUCAAGUCAAUUGCUCUUCGUCACGAGAAAAAUACAAAAUUUGUCCUUAGUGCAUUGGCAGGAGUCCAAAUAUCGCUGCUUGCUGCAGCUGGUGUCGCAGCCGGUAGCGGACCUGUUUUCUUUGUCGGCAGCUGCGGCAGCGCAGCUCUUUCCCUUGCCGCGAUGAUUUGGAAAGUUCAGCUAAAAAAUGUACAGGACUGCUGGUGGUGGUUCAAAAAUGGCUGUCUCUUUACUGGCGGUGGUAUCACUGUGGGGUUACUCCUGGAAUAUAUCGCGCAAUUGACUGGCUCACCCUUGUCGUUGAUUCUCAAUGCCCGUCUCUUGUCAUCUGAAACUCGGACAGCGAUUGAUAAGGCUGUCGCAUCUGCCCCAGUUGUUCUCUUUAUGAAGGGUACUCCUGAGACUCCUCAGUGCGGGUUUUCCCGGGCCAGCAUACAAAUUCUGGGAUUACAAGGCGUUGAUCCCAAGAAGUUUGUUGCCUUUAAUGUUCUAGAGGACCCAGAGUUGCGUCAGGGCAUCAAGGAAUAUUCCGAUUGGCCCACGAUCCCCCAACUAUACCUCGAAAAGGAAUUUAUUGGUGGCUGCGAUAUUCUGAUGUCGAUGCAUCAGAAUGGGGAGCUUGCCAAAAUGCUUGAAGAAAAGGGGGUACUGGUGGCAGCCGACUAA